UAACGAACGAUCUCCUCCCUCAAAAAACAUUUUAGGGCUAAAAAAAAAGGGUGAAAUAGAAGAGAUACGAAAACCCUAAGCAAAACCUCUCCGCUCUCGAUUUGAUCUCGUUAGACUCUUCAAAAACCCUAAUCAAGCUCCAAUCACUCGACAAGAUGUCAGAUCCAUCCAAAGUUCUUCACAUCCGAAACGUGGGUCAUGAAAUAUCUGAGAAUGAUUUGCUGGAACUGGUUCAGCAAUUUGGCAUUGUCAAUAAGCUUGUAAUGUUACGGGCAAAAAAUCAGGCUCUUCUUCAGAUGGAAGAUGUGAGUUCUGCUGUUAGUGCGGUUGAAUACUAUACAAGCGUUCAACCCAGUGUUAGGGGAAGGAACGUUUAUAUACAAUUCUCGUCUCAUCAAGAGCUAACUACAGCAGAACAGAACUCUCAUAGACAGAAGGGUGCAGAUCAGGAUUCGCAACCCAAUCGAAUCCUCUUAGUCACUAUUCACACAAUGCUCUAUCCUAUAACGGUGGAAGUGCUGCAUCAAGUGUUUUCUCCAUAUGGAUUUGUAGAGAAGAUCGUCACCUUUCAGAAGUCAGCUGGCUUUCAAGCUCUUAUACAAUUUCAAUCACAGCAAAAUGCGGUGGAAGCAAUGAAUUCUCUACAAGGGCGCAACAUUUAUGAUGGCUGUUGUCAACUAGACAUACAAUUUUCCAAUCUCAGUGAACUGCAAGUUAAUUACAACAAUGAGCGAUCAAGAGAUUUCACUAAUUCCUCCUUACCAACUGAACAAAGGGGCCGGUCUUCACAAGCUGGAUACGGUGAUGGUGGCUAUUAUGGAUAUCAACCGCACGGCGGCAGAGGUGCAUAUGGACAGAUGGGUGCAAUUUUAGCUGCAUUUGGUGGUAGCUUGCCUCCUGGAGUGACUGGUACAAACGAUAGGUGCACACUAUUGGUCACUAACUUGGAUCCUGAUAAAAUUGACGAAGACAAGCUCUUCAACUUGUUCUCUAUAUAUGGCAACAUUGUGAGAAUCAAAUUGUUGCGCAAUAAGCCCGAUCAUGCGCUUGUUCAAAUGGGGGAUGGUUUUCAGGCAGAGCUGGCUAUGCACUUCUUAAAGGGAGCUAUGUUGUUUGGUAAGAGGAUGGAGGUGAAUUUCUCAAAGUUCCCACACAUAACCCCAUCCUCUGAUGUCCACGAGUACACAGGAUCCAGCCUUAACCGCUUCAACAACAAUGCAGUAAAGAACUAUCGAUACUGCUGCUCUCCAACGAAGAUGAUCCAUAUCUCCUCCCUCCCUCAGGACAUCGCUGAGGAUGAUCUUUUGACCCAUUUGGAGGAGCAUGGGACCAUUAUUAACAGCAAGCUUUUCGAAGUGAACGGAAAGACACAAGCUUUGGUCUUGUUUGACGAUGAGGAGCAGGCAACUGAGGCUCUCGUAUGCAAGCAUGCGAGCACCAUCAACCGUUCAGUAAUCAGAAUUUCCUUUUCCCAGCUUCAGAGUAUCUAAAUCCCCCCUGGAAAGUUGUGAGAAAGAAGGCUUAAUUAUAUUCAAGACCAGCUGUGUUAACUUUUUUUUGAACUCAUCUUGCUCUUCUGUCUUCUUAGUUGCUCUCAAAGUUCAUGUUCUUCUUUUUUUUUGGACAAGAGUGGCUUGGUUUACUAUGGUUUUUGGGUCUUGAAGUAAUGCCGUUGUCUUUGUUUCCGGUUGUUUUUGUUGGAGCUUCCUAAGUUUUGUAGCUGUACCAAUAAGUAUGAUUUGGUUCUCUGGUUUAUUGAUUAAAUGGCUAGCAUGAAGACA